AAGUAUUGUGCGGCUCGCGAUGCCACCGACACACCUGAGUCCGCGCUGGGGCGCCCCGAUGGCGCGCUGGCCUAGAUCCCGAUGACAGCGUGGCCGCGGCGGGCUAGUCCGGCCCUGGUCGGCUCACAAUCCCACUUCCUCCGACAGGUCAGCCUGGAAUGGCCGAAAAGCGGUCAAACGCUGUACAGGUGUUUUUUAAAUGUAGUUUGUAGUGUAAACGUUCCGAGCACUACCGUUCCAACUCCAAACCCAAGGGCUGCGUUCGAACCACGAUUCGCCAAUUUCAAAAUCGGAUUAAUCCUUGAUGAGAAGAAAGUCCAAAUCGUUCGGUGUUGAUGGAAUCGCGAAAACCACCAGCCCAGUUCUUCAAGUACCUGCGGUGAUCAUGGCCGACACUGCAGCCGAGAAUGAGGCAGAUUCGGGAAGCGGUGGCCCCACGCAGGAGACGCCCGACGGCACCCAGGAGGACGACGGGGACCAGAACGAGGCCGAGCGCGUGACCGGCUCCAACACGAACUACGACUCGAGCGAGGGCACGCACCGCUGCAACCGAUGCGACUUUGACGGGGUCAGCCAGGUAGCCCUAGCCGCCCACGUCGCCCAGGCGCACUCCACCAGCGAGGUCAAGAUGGAAGCCGAGAACAACAACUCGCCCCCCGAUCGGAUACACCGCAAGAUGUUCGAGUGCGACGUCUGCAACAUGAAGUUCUCGAACGGGGCCAACAUGCGUCGGCACAAGAUGCGCCACACGGGGGUGAAGCCCUACGAGUGCAGGGUCUGCCAGAAGCGCUUCUUCCGCAAGGACCAUCUGGCGGAGCACUUCACCACACACACGAAGACCCUGCCCUACCACUGCCCGAUCUGCAACAGGGGCUUUCAGAGGCAGAUCGCGAUGAGGGCGCACUUCCAGAACGAGCACGUGGGGCAGCACGACCUGGUGAAGUCCUGUCCGCUGUGCAGCUACAGGGCAGGAUCGAUGAAGAGUCUGCGGGUGCAUUUCUUCAACAGACAUGGCAUCGACUUGGACAAUCCAGGGCCGGCUGGGUCGCAGGCUUCGCUUUUUGCCGCCGCCGCUCAACAGGGUUUUUCGAUGGACAGCGCUCUGACGUCGUUGGGGAAUUUGGCCGGUGGGAGUGUUUCGGUUAGCGUCACUGGAGCCAAUUACAGCGACUCGGGGGACUCCACAGGGGCAAGGUCAACGGAUAAUGCAACGCCGCCCAUGCACUUUUUGACACCACAUGUGGAAAUCUCCAUGGCGGACGCCCCGGCCCCUGUAUUCUCCCCCACUCUCAACGAUCAAAGGUCCAACCUGCCGGGUCAGAGCGGCGAAGCCUCCCAGCGAAUGAACGGCGACUGCCCCGGCUCGCCCCAGUCCGCCGACUCCAACUCGAACGCUCCGUCCAGCAGCCACAUCCAGGCCAACUCUCUGCGAAUAGACCAAGAAACGAACAUAACGCCCUCGAUCUCGUUGAUCCCGAUCAAGCAAGAGCCCGGCGAAGAGCUAUACGACGUGUCCAAGCGGAACGGACCCAACCCCAGCACCUCCCCCUCGGGAAGCGUACAAAUGCAGACGGCGACCUCGAGCAGCCUCAGCUCGCUGAUCAAGGUCUCGCCGCUGAAGAGCCUGCUGCGGGACGACCUCAAGCGCAAGAUCGUGUCGCGGAUGACGUCGUCGCCGCGGGGCCGGUCGACGGCCAGCCCCAACCCCAACCCGGAGACCUCCCCCAGCGACACGGCCACCACCACGAACGGGGCCAUCACGAGCACGGGGCCCGAGCAGCCCUCGGACUCGUCGCUGUGGCGGGCGAUGGGGAAGCGAUCGCUGUCGAGCUUGCAGUGCAUUUUCUGCGGGAUCGGCUUCCCCGACCAGACGCUGUACUUCCUCCACAAGGGGUGCCACUCGGAUGCGAACCCCUGGAAGUGCAACAUCUGCGGGGAGCAGUGCUGCAACGUGUACGAAUUCAAUUCGCAUUUGCUAAGCAAAAGUCAUCAGUAGGCUUGUUUUACUUAAAAUGACAUGGUUUUUGUAAAGUUUAGGUUAGGUUUCUUACAGUGCAAGUUUUACAUGGAAAAUUGAAGCGAUGUGAUAAUUUGUUGUAAAAAUUGUUGAUAGAGUUGCAUUUCUUGGUUAGAUGAGUCGGGGGCGUGGGCCGACUUUUUCAUUCCUUGCGUUUUAACAUUCCCUUUUGGAAAAUAAGUGCCUGCCGAUUGCCUAUUACCUGAAGAUUGCUCUAAAUCUUAUCCGUCCAUUAGAUGAGAGAAAAUUAUAUAUUUACUAGGAUGAUAUUUCCAGAUUAUAUAUUGUAAAGCAAGAGCUUAGGAUUACUAGUUGGAGCUUCGUUUAAUACAUUGUUACAAGAAGUAGGGUUAAGUUUCCAUUUUAUAUACAUUCCAUUUUAGUGUCUUGUUGAUUCCAUGAGACAGAAACAAAAUAGUUUGUACAGUAUUUAUUGUUAUAUUUUAUGGUAAUUUUAUUUCGUGCAAUAUGUUUUGCAGUGCCUUAUCAGAAAUUUGCACUCCCCUUUUAUUUUACGACAAAACUUAUCUAAUAAGACAAGAGUUUAUUUUCGUAGACAUCUAUUAUUGUAGUGUAGAUAUUAGGGACUUGUUACGAGACAUUCCUUCAUUUCAUUCAAAAAUAUAGAUAUAUUUAUUUUUUAUUUAUACACGAACUGUAAAUUACAAAAAUUCUUUGUAAUUCUGGUGAAAGGGUUAAAUAAACUUUUAUGGAAUUUUA